GAGGGAAAAGGUACAUUUAAAUUUUCCCCAUUUCUCGUCUGUAGAGGCGUGAAUCUUAGGUUAAUAUUGUGCGAUUUGUGACAUUAUAAACUCAGCCUUACGAACAAUGAUGGUAGAUGUCGGAAGAAUAGCGCAACGCAUCGAUCUUGUUGGUAGUUCUUCCGGCUCUAUUGUCAGUUUAGCCACAUGGUGUGCACUACACGCUUAUGACUUUGACACCAUUAUGGGUUGUAUUGGAGACAAGCUGAAGGCUGACGUGACGUCUGACACCACACGUGCAUCACUUCUCUACGUAUUGCACGAAGUCCUCCUCACGUGCGCGACUCGUGGAGUUUCACAGGAGUCACAACGCACCGUCUUGACGGCAGUCAGUAGGAAGCUUCCCAACUAUGUUGAGUGGGUCCUCCAGAAGCCUCAAGUGGAGGCCCACAGGUCUUUCAUUGCCGGACUUGGCAAGGUUCUGGUCUGGUGGGACUUGUUGAAUAUGUUCCCACAAGCAUGGAUUCAGAGCCUCCGACAAAAACAACAACAGGCAGAGUCGCCGAGCCAGACACCCAAUGGUGUCAGCCCCGCCUCCACUUCUAUGCUGUCCUCGUUGCAACAUGUGGUUCAGCUUAUGAACCGUUAUGAGGAUGCUAAACAGCAAUGGAAGACGUGCCGGCUCGCGGCGAAUAACUCGGGGGGGGAUAAUGUCAACGAUGUUACCACCACGGAGGGUCACACGCGGCGGGCUCUCAUUACGCUGCGCGAAGCGGUUGAAAGUCACUCGGUGGAUGGCGCUUCACUCUCUCAGUGGUGCGACCAGCAAUGGAGAGAAUUGGAAGGUCAAGACAUGGAGGUGGCGAAGGUAGAUAAUGGCGCUAGUUGGAUGAUGAAGACUGAAGUGAAGUCAGAGGCAAAAAUGUCACCAGAAGAGGAUAUAUUAGGCUCCUUUUACUAAAAAAGUGAUAUUACAAGCACAUAAGCUGAAGGUUACUCAGUGGUUUUAAGAAAUGACAAAAUAAAAUAAAAUUUAUAGCAAUCCCUCGGGAAAAGAUUAAUAUGUGUUAUGUAUCGUUCGCACUUCUAAUCAUGGUUGUUUGUUUAUCAAGAUGUUUAA